AUGCACCUCCUCCCCCUCCUGGGGGCAAUUACGCUCCUCAUCACCUCCACCCUCGCCGACUCCCUCCCCUCCUCAACAGAAAUCUUCUACUGGCCCGUCGGAGCCGCGCAACCUUCCAUCCUCGCCCGCGUCGCCUACGAUCCAACCUCCCUAAAGUCCAACGUCCUAGCCUACAACCCACCCAAGUCCAACGACGCCGACAGUCUCGUUCGCCUAGGACUCUACACUGCGACUCCGACAAACCCCAAACAAUGGACUGGAAGUCUUGUCUCGCUCUCGUCCCUGGCGGGCGCUGAGCAUGCGCCCACGUUGCGUCUGCAUUUGGGUCCUGCGAGUGAGGUGUACCAUGUAUCGCUGGCGGCGUUUGAGCCUGCUUCUGCGAAGACGAGUGAGCCUAAUGUGGAAUUGGUUGCGAGUGAGCAGGGGGUGCAGCCGCAUUUGAAUCGGCCGGUGGUCGUGGGUCCGGAUGGGCAGAAUGCGGAGGAGGUGCCGGAGAAGACUCUGUUUCAAAAGUACUGGUGGGUGCUUCUGAUCAUGGUGUUCUUGACCAUGUCGGGUGGUGGUGGUGGUGGAGAGGGGCAAUAA